AAACCAUCUAAAUAAAACAUAGAACACUUGUUAUUAUUCCCUUCACCUUUAAGAUCAAUAACAUAUUAACAUAUAUAUUAUGGCUGAACACCACCACCACCACCACCUCUUCCACCACCACAAGGAGGAUGAACAGCUAGUGGAUGCCGCCGGAGCCGGAUAUGAUUACAGAAAGGAAGAAAAGCACCACAAGCACCUUGAACAACUUGGUGAAAUGGGAGCUAUAGCUGCUGGUGCUUAUGCUUUGCAUGAGAAGCAUAAGGCAAAGAAAGAUCCGGAGCAUGCCCACAAACACAAGAUAGAGGAGGAGAUAGCGGCGGCAGCUGCCGUGGGUGCGGGAGGAUUUGCCUUUCAUGAGCACCAUGAGAAGAAAGAGGCAAAGAAAGAGUAUGAGGAGACUCAUGGAAAGAAGCAUCAUCAUCUCUUUGGUUAAAGAAAAUAAUAAGAGAAGAAGAAGUGAUGAGAGAUCAAA